UGCGUUACGUCUUCUAUGCAUGUUCUAGUUAAAUUCUCUGUUGCAUCAGCUUCUGUAAAGGAUAAGGAACAAUGUAUGAUUUAAUGUGUUACUGUAACUCCUAAAAGUCAAAUAUUUAAGGAUGAUCAGACACGGGGGUCUUUAUGCAAGGCGCAUUUUAUUUUCUUCAUUACGCAGCGGAUGCUAUGAAUCGUUGUCUUGUUAUGGAUAUUUGUUAAACUGCCAGCCUGUUACAAGGUUUUCAACAGAAGUAAUAAAAUACAGACAGUGGUCUCUGCCACAGAAACUCCAGCUUUAUCAGCCAUUCAAAAGAUUUAGCCAAUCAGCAGAGAACACAACCAAAGCAGCAGACGCAGCUGCUGAGACAGAGAAACUCUCGGUGUUUAAGCGAUUUCAAAAGACGUACAAGGAGCAUGGCAAGGUGCUGGUUGGAGUUCAUCUAGUCACGUCACUGGUAUGGUAUGGCUCCUUCUACCUAACUCUGUCAAGUGGUUUUGACCUGCCUGGCUUCUUGGAAAAAGUGGACUGGAAUGCAAGGGUUGUGAAACCAUUAAAUUUCAUUGGCAUAGAAGUCAGUUUAGAGAAAAUAGAAAAAUUUGUUCAAGUUAUGAAAAGUUCUGGGAGCUAUGCAGGGGCGUAUCUUAUGUACAAAAUCGCAACACCUGCCAGGUAUACAGUGACACUUGGGGGAACAAACAUGGCCAUAAAAUAUUUACGAAAGUCUGGGAAGAUCCCACUUGUAAAGGAGGCCGAUAAAUUGGGGCACUUAAUGAAGGAAUCAAAGGUAGAACUAGAGGCCAGGAUGAAGAAAAGCGUGGCUCAGGGAAGGAAGAGGUACGACACUAUGAAAGCAAAGAGACUAGGAAAUAAAAAACAGGGACAGUUAUUGAUGAAAGCUCAGGAGUUCUACAAGAAAAGAAAUGGACCCAGGAAUGGAACAGUACAGAGACAGGACAAGUGGCUCACAAAGGCACGGGAGUAUUAUAAAAAUAGGAAAAACCAGAAAUCAAGGCCCGCAUAGUCUGACCUUUGUUAUAUACAAAGGCAUGGGAGUAUUAUGAAAAUAGGAAAAACCAGAAAUCAAGACCCCCAUAUACUGACCUGUGCUGACCUAUGUUAUAUAUGUAGCCUCUGAAAAAUCUCAAAGCUUGCCGCUAAUUCUGAUUUAAAAAUUAUUAAAAGCAUAUUUUUUUUAAAUUGAUCAUAAAGAUCAUUAUCAUUUUUAAGAUAAAAUCUUUUAUUGCUGACAGAUGAAUCUUAAAAGGUGAUUUUUAAAUGUAUUUUAUGUGUGUGCCAUGACUGUGAUUUGCCUUGACUAUCAGUUGUCAUUCAUUGAGGGAAAGAUCAUCUUUCAUUUUCAAUUUGUCAUUAUUUAAUUCUUACAAUUUUUAAAAUAAUAAUUAUUUUAUCAAUACAAUUGUGAAUUGAUUACAAUCUGUUUGAAAGCUUUAUUUUAUUACAUGUAUUUGUCUUAUGCGUUUUAAAUGACAUUGUAUCAGAUUC